AUGUCUUAAUUAAGAGUUGUUUUAUUAGGAGUCCUUGGCAAUGGAAAAACAUCUUUAUUUAAUAAAAUUACUUCAGCAAAUGAACCUGUAACUUAUGGAGGAAAAUCAGUCACAAAAUAAAUUGUUAUUGGACAAUCAAUGCAUGGAGAAUUUGAAAUUGUAGAUACACCUGGAUUUGAAGCAAGAGAAGAUAAAUUACUACAUGCAGCUGGAGUUAUUGCAGCUUUAUCAUAAGGAAAUGUUAAUAGAAUACUUAUUGUUGUUAAAUGCGAUAGAACAGAUUUGAUGAUAAAGAAUAUUAAAAAAAUAAUAGGUACAAUAUAGAGAUACAGAGAUUUUAUAACUAUUGUUGUUUCCUAUUGGGAUGAACUAAAAAGAAAUUAUAUUCAAAAUUAAAAAAAAAUAGAAGAGCUAAAAUCAGAAUUAAAAUAAGAGAUUCUAAACAAUUUUAAUGUUUCUUCUGUUAUAUUUUCUUCAAUUGAUGAUGAUCCUAAAACUAUCACUAAAGACAUUAUAAACAUUAUUGUUAAUUCUCGAUUUACAAAUAUUAAAUUAUUAGAAUCAGAAAUUUAUAGUCAAUUUGAUUUAUUAAGUUUAGAUGAUGAUAACGAAAAAGAAUAUAAUUCAUUUAUGAAUAAAAUUAAAAAUGCAUUUCGAAAAAUAUCACUAAAUUGUAUUAAGUAUAUAAAAAAAUAAAAUGUUAAUGAUCCUGAUUUAAUAGAUAAAUUACAUUUCUUAACAUUAGCAANAUUAGACUGGAGCAGCAACAACUGAUUAUUAGACAGGAUAAUAAGAUGGACUUGCAAAUGCAACUGGUGGUGCAUAUGUUCUUGGUGGUGAAUAUGCAACCGGCACUUAAGGAGCAUUCUAUACUGGUUAAGGUGGUCUUUGA